AUGUCUUCUUCGAUGCGCCCUCAGUUCUUUUGCACCCGCCCUAAUGGCACUCUCACCCCGCUGAUCGCCGUCGACGAGCUGCCUCCCCAUAUUUCUAUUCGCGGAGCUCCUCGUACUCUGUCUUCUAAUGAGACUCAAGGAAUGACCAGCUUGGGAACUGUGGGCUCAAGGCCUCAAUCAUACGUUGUUGAGAGUACGACUGCAGUUGCGACUCGUACUUCGCCAACCAGUGCGAACGGUCAUCGCUCCAGAGACUUUGAUUUGCAGAACGCACUCUUGCGCCUCGCUUCUGAUGAGACUGUUCCCGCUUCCCAGCGCCUGGCCGUGAACAAUAUGCUCCAGCACGGGGCGCCUCAGAACUGGACCAUGAACAACCCUACGAGCAGCAACUGGCUGGUCCCUAGCGGAAACGGUGGCUCGAGUGGUGGUGGUUUGAGACAGGGCAAUCCUUUGACCAAGAAAGAGUUCUGCUCUUAUUGGAUCAGACAUGGUGAAUGCGACUACCAGCAACAGGGAUGCCUUUACAAGCAUGAAAUGCCCAGGGACUUAGCCACCUUAGAGAAGCUGGGUCUGCGCGAUAUCCCUCGUUGGUUCCGUGAGAAGUACAACAUCCCGAGUCUUAUCCCAGGCGGCGGGCAUGGUCACCCACGGGCCCAAGCUGGUAGCCAUGGACAGCAUUGGAAAGAGGAUGUACCGGACCGCACCGGCGUGAAGUCAAUUCAAUAUCCGUCACAUUUGGAUCUGAACGGGGCGGUUGAUACUUCCGACGUGGAGAAAGGUCCAAAGCAGAAGAGUCCGAGCUAUACCACUUCACAGCAGAGCUCGAUGGUGGUUCCUGCUCCGCGCUCUGGCUUCUCAACCAGUAACUCCCCGAAAGUCACGAGUCACCAGAAGCAGUCAGGCAAGCACGGAAGUCAGUAUACCUCGGCCGCUAAAAGGCAUGACCUUUUGACAUUUGAACCUCUGCCGGAAUAUCCGUCUCUGAACGCCAUGGGUCCGGGUGUUGGCGCAUUGACUUAUCCCACUGCUCGAGAUGACCCCGAAUCUCUCGAUAGGGCCCAGCAUGAGGACUUCAUCCGUAACAUGCAGGCUCUCAUGCCCAACCCCGAAUUCUUGCCUAAUCCCUUUGAUGUGACUUCCGGUCAGAAUCGUUCAAGGAAGGCGCAGAGGUCUCGCCGCCUGUAUCAGCCUCGUCCUCAGCUUACCGGACCUGAGGCUAGAUUUGACAGUCCGGAUUAUGACACUUACAAAAACAUUAACCCCUUGGUCGCUGCGGGUCCAAGCGGCACUUCUUCCCUUCCCAAGGAUAGCACUGGCUCUCAGUUCGCAAGUUCCAUCACUGGCCCUGCUACCGAGGCUCCUAAUCGUGGUGUCUCUCCGUCUGCGCAUUCCUCCUCCUCGUCUCACGUGUCUGAGCGCAGUCCCAAGGUUAUCCAGCCUCAGGCCGGCGACAAAGAUCACGGCCUCAUGCCGAGCCCUAUUGGAAGCAAGAGAGCUCAGCAGAAGAAGCCCAUGAUAUCCACCGACUUCUUCAAGCUCAACACCGGACAUGGAAAGUGA